CAAUAACUCUGGGAGCCUUGACAGGAACUAUAAAGGCGGCUUCAGCAAGUCACUGCUCGCCGUUAGUGAUGCACGGUAUAGGUCUGCAGCCUCCUUCAGACCCAAACCCAGACCCCGAGGCUGAAGCCAAGGCUGAGCUGCACGAACGAAGAAUUUUCAACUAUCGCCUAAGCAGGGCCCGCAGAGUGGUUGAAAAUACCUUUGGCAUUUUGGCCCAGAAGUGGCGAAUCCUGAGACGACCAUUCAAGGCAAAUGACGAAAAUGUGAAUAGGAUCAUUGGUGCGUGUGUAGCUCUGCAUAAUUAUCUGCUGAAGGAGUCUACCGUCUCUGCUGCAUCAUACUGCCCGGUAGGCUUAACGGACACUGAAGACUGGCAGGGGCGGCUGAAGCCUGGGAGCUGGAGAAAUGACCCUCCGGCAAGCUCUGCCCUGGUGGCAGCACCAGCAGCUGGCUACAACUCGAAACAGUAUGCUCGCACUGUGCGCACCAAGUUAGCGCAUCACUUUGUGACAGCUGGUGCAGUCCUCUGGCAGGACGACAGGAUUGCUUGUCGCCCGCAGUAA